AUGAACCUGGUUUCUUUUCUUCUGGGACUGUUCGGCUUCAUCGCCACCGUUGGAGCAAUCCCUCGUCCUCUCAAUACUCGAGCCAAUGGUGCUCAGAAUGUAGCCUAUUGGGGCCAAGAUGGCCACGUCCGCGAUCUGUCUACUUACUGUACCCCUUCUUCUGGCAUCGAUAUUGUCGUACUCUCCUUCCUUUACGAGUUUGGCAAUGGCAAAACCAUUGCAUCUGGCACAAUCGGAACUCAGUGCUACAUUUCCCCUGACGGCGCCCCACAAAACUGCCAGGGUCUAGCUUCCGCCAUCGAGACCUGCAAAUCGAACGGCAUCAAAGUCAUCUUAUCCCUUGGUGGCGCUUCAGGCUCAUACUCAUUAUCCUCCGCAUCAGAAGCACAAGCAAUUGGUCAAAAUCUAUGGGAGGCCUAUGGAAAUACUGGUGGAACGCCAAAUGUCCCAAGACCUUUUGGAUCAACCUUUGUCAACGGAUGGGACCUAGAUAUCGAAGCUUGGGCUGGCAACAAUUACUACCAAUACCUCGUUUCUACAUUGCGGUCUAACUUUGCUUCAGACUAUGCCAACAAGUACUACAUCACAGGUGGUCCGCAAUGCCCGAUACCCGAGCCCUUCAUGCAAGUGAUCAUCAACAACUCGGUUUUCGACUACCUCUGGGUACAGUUCUACAACAAUCCAUACUGCUCGAAUGGAGGAAAUAUUAAUUUCGAUGAUUGGGUUCGCAAUAUUGCUGGCACUCCAUCCUCGAAUGCGAAGAUCUUCCUUGGAGUGCCUGCUUCAACUCUUGCAUCCACCGGUACUAUGAGCGGUGCGCGUUAUUACCUUGAUCCUAACUCAUUGGCGAAUCUUGUUCGGCAACAUGAAGGAAGCCCUGCGUUUGGUGGGAUUAUGAUGUGGUCUGCUGGGUGGUCGGAUACAAACGUGAUCAAUGGAUGCACUUAUGCCCAGCAAGCUAAGCGUAUUUUGACGACGGGUUCCCCUUGCUGA